AUGGCCGUCACGGCCACGGCCACGGCCACGAUAGAAAAAACAGCCAAACGCACAAGGGUCAACAAGAGAAAACGAGUCACACGAGCAUGCGACUCCUGCCGCAUUCGGAAGCACAGAUGCGAUGGCAUCUACCCAACCUGCUCGCCAUGCUUUGCGAUCCACCAGCCAUGCAGUUACGGCUCCGAUAACAAGAAGCGUGGGCUGCCAACCGGAUACGUCCACGCCCUUGAGCUACUCUGGUCUCUGGUCUUCACUGUUGUGCCCAACAGUAGAAGCAUAGUCAAGACUCUCAUGUCGGGGAUUCAGUUUAGCCUAGAUUCUCGUUCCAGGCUUGUCAUGGAAAGCCGAUAUACCAAAGAUUCCGAAGCGCUCAAGCAAGCUUGGGAGGACAGUGGCGUCCAGGGACAGUUGGACCAGCUCCUAUCAGGGGUUCAGGAGAUCCAUGUUACUGGUGGAAGCAUCGCAGCUGCAGACAAGACGAAAUAUGAAACCGUCGAUAUCCCUCCACAGUUGUCUUUCAAGCCUAUUCAGAGUUCAUAUGGGCUCGGCUCGGAUUCCAUUCAGUCACAUAACGCAGAUACACCGACUCUUUCGUUUCCGAGGACGGUUCAGGCCGCGUUGCAGACCGAUUUGGGAUCGACCACCAUUUUUACUCAGCAUUUAAAAGGUUUACUUGACGCCUACUUUGCCCGGACUCAUCUCUGGUUACCUAUCGUGAAGAAGUACAAGAUGCUGGAACUACUAUAUACACCGUCACGGAACAGGGAGACAGAAAGGGGAAAUACGGCUACCCUCUGGGCGAUUCUCGCCUAUUCAUCCCUCCAGGAGUCUCAGGACACUUCUACACCGGCCGAAAAUAGCGCUCCGCUCCCUACACCAGAUCAGCUGUAUGCCAAGGCAAGACAGCAGCUACCGAACGAGGAGGCAUCUCUGCCCGAAUACGCCCAGGCUUUCCUCAUCCUGAGUCUCUUCAAGCUAGAAAAGGGAGACGUCACAGCCUGUUGGUGUUUGAUUGGCCAGGCAGUGAGAAUCUGUUUGAACCUGAAUACGCCAUCUGUCUCUGACAAAGCAUUGCAACUUGAAGGCGGUGAUGACUCUCACCAGCGGCGGCUGCUGCUAGGUUGCUUUGUGCUUGACACAAUAGUCUCUUGCCAGCUACACAAACCACCUCAUCUCAGGACAGAGGACGUGAAAUCCUCAUCUAUGCUAGCGGAAACGGGCCCAGAUGAGUGGGAGUUGCAGGCCUUAUCUGUUGGCAAGUCAUUCAACAUGGGCCCCACGCAUCAGCCAUCACGAGCAAUCAGCAUCUUCAAUCAGUAUGUCGGUGUAGUACGAAUACUCAACGAUGUCAUGAUGGAUCCCAUGAUAUCCGACCAUCUCUGCAUCAAGUACUUACUGGCAUUGAGCCAUUGGCAUGACCAUCUCCCAGAGCAUUGUGUUAUUUCCCCACCACCUGGUCUGGGCCAACUGGAGUCUGUGCAAACAACAUCACCGCAACUUCUCAACCUCCACCUCGCUUUCAAGAGCACGGCAAUAGUCCUCAAGGCGCAACAUGGCCUGCUGUUAGAAAGGGGACUAAUGAGGACGCGACCUGCUUCAACGAUCCAGGCUCAGCUUUAG